AGUCACGAUGCCGCGUGCGCCUUCCCAACACGGAUGCUUUAGCACCUUCCAGGCAUUCGACAUUUUCGUGGACAUCCCAGAUGCAACCUGCCUAAAAUUGGAAAGCCUGCCAGAAACUCCCAAUCCAGGACUCUCGGUACACGGCCAUUUGGACGUGAACGACUGACUGUCAUCAGCCUUGUCGCCAGACUCUGGGCUAUUCGGCGCUCCGCCUGUUCGCGACUUCGUGUCAGCCCAUGAGCUCAGGACGCUGCCCACAAGCUCGAUUAUGAGCGCAGAUUAGACUGGCAGAUACAGUCUGGGCAUCGUGGUCGAAGAUGACUGCAAUCCUGCAACCAUCUGCUGGCAUGAAUAUGGAACGAAACGUCUCCCAAAUCAGUCUCACGGCUCAGCAGCGGCAAGCCCGCAGUCCUUCGGAUGGUAAAGCCACACUGCCGAGUCAAGCCAUGACACAUGCACAACACGAAACCCGCGUUCCGCAGUCGCUCGAGUCGUCUACCAAAUCCGAGCAAAAGAGAAAACGUUCAGGGUCGGACAACACCACCUCGAACAAGCUCAUCGCCGUUCUGGAAACUCGGCAGACCACCAUCGACUCUCUCAGUGCUGUACUAGUCACGAACAUGAGCAAUGUCGAGGAGGCUUCGGUUCAUUCUAGGGACAAUACAAAAUUGCAAUCGUACACGCUGAGCGAUACGGCAGUCGAUAAUUGCGCGGACGAAGCUCUUGAGGUGACCGCCGACGCGAGGCAGAGUGUCCGUUCUGAGGAUCGCCGCUCGCCGGUAGACCAACAGCCUGGACAUAGCUCACUUCAGGCUUCCUUCACAAACGGGAACAUAAAGACCGCCGGCCUUGGUCACAAGCUGUUUCUUUCGUCCCAAAAGGUGUUUCAGGCCAAGUUUCGAGACUUGGUACCAUCAGUUCCUAAAAGUUCAAACUGGGCACCGGGUGAUGGAUUUGCAGCAACUGAAGCAGUGCCGGACUUUACUUUCUUCACAACCGGCCGACACAAAAGGCGAUGUACGAGACCAGCACCCUCUUUCGGACGUCUUGAACUGGCUCAGUCAGAGGAAUUUGGGAGCGGGACACAGAGAGCACCGCUUCGACCCAAGAUCCAACGGUUGACGCAGCAUCAGCUGAAACUAAGACGAGGCCCAGCGAUCGACUUUUGGCCAACACAGCACGACUUCGCCGACGAUAGCGCUGUCUUCAGUCAACGAUUGCCUCGAGUCACUAAGACGAAAAGCUCUCUCGGCGAAAUAAAAGAACUAGCUCCAGAACUUUUUGUACCGCGAUCCGGACACCGAGAAGCUUGUUCAGACGUUAUGGAUCCACUGGACUUCAGAUAUGUGUCGCCACCAGCCUUCCACGGAGCUGUGGACUUCGAAAACUUUCGUCGGCUUCACACUCCUCCAGAAAAGGGACAUGCCAGGAUUCCCCGAGCACUAUUUGGCAUCUGUGCCUGGCGAGUCGAUGCGAGUUCAGAAUCGGCUAGUGAUGGCGAGUCGACCAUGGAGAUAGAGUUUCUACCAUCCAGCAUCGGGGAGUCAAGUAAUGAAUGUGAAGAUGAUGAAUCAGCCAUACUAGGUGACAGGGCGGAGAUGGAGUCAAACUCGAUGGAGGAGGAGUCUAUCGCAUCAGAAGAGCCUUUCACUUCGGACUCAUAUGCGUCGUCUAUCUUGGGACACGACAGAGACGGCCGCGAGCUCGGGUUGCUCGGCUCACUGGAUCACACGGCGACUAACGUGAACCAAGAAGGCGAGUGCAAAGACCUCGGAGACACGGUUGCCGCUGGGCAGGACUUUCUAAAGAUGAUCCAGGCACGCCGCGCUGUAAGUUGCGGGUCGCCCCUCCAGCACAAAAUGAAGCGGUGGCACAGCGACAGGCUAGGGCUUGAAGAAAAGUCGAGCACACAUUGCGCAAUGGCUCAUGUGCCACGCCUGUCGCGACAGUACACUACCUGACUUGCCACAAUCAGCAUAUGCUUCAAGCGUGCUGUUUUGGGAUUGUGCGGUCAAGUGCCUCCAACAUUCUGCAAAAGGACUACUCCACUGACAAUCGGACGCGGACGCGGAUGCAAAAGCUUGGCAGGAAGUCGGUACUCGUGAAAAAAAGAAACAAUGGCACUUGCAGGUCAGUCGCAUAGAUCACUGGGCAAGAAUGUAGCAUCAGGCCACUAUGAUUUGUCGACCAAGU